AUGCGUCAGGGCUGUGAAGGUCCCGUCUGGGUCGUUGAUGACCUUAGCCUGUGUUUUCAGCAGAGGUUUCUUAAAUUGAUAUUCCCGCUUACGGCAUGUGCUUUGUCACUAUUAUUGAUAGUUUCUCACGUCCUCCGGCAUAAUGUUCGUCUGCCUUGUGCCCGCUAUGGUUACAAACCCAUUCCGACCACCGUUGUUGAGUACAAUGAUAUAGAAGAUGAGAAUGAUGGAGAGGAUGUUGAGGAUGCGGAGAGCGAUUUGAUGCUACAUAAGGCCCUUAGCCUUACAACACCUAUAACCAUUGAGCAGAACCGGCCGCGGUGGAAGAAUGUUGUAACCAUAUUGGAGAUUGUGGCGCUUGUCGGGGAACUGGGAGUUUCCGUCAAGAGCCUCGCAACACCUUCGGGAGCUUUGAAUGAAACGAGCUCAACGAUUGGAAGGUUGAUUUCGUGGGCCUAUAUGUUGAUGCUGGUGAUUGCCAGGUUGGUCCUCUCGACAUCCGAACGCUGUACCAUCCCAAAGUUAUGGAAUCACACUGCGUCAUUAUAUUCCUUUCAAUGGUUAUGCACCGUCAUGGUAUUUCGAUCCGUCUUGAUCCACCCAACCCCGAACCAUACUCUGACGAUCAUCGACUUCUUGCUAUCCUCCUUCCUUCUUCUCUUGACUACCACAACCCGCAAGGGAAACCAGACCCUCCUCGUUCGGCAUGAAGAUGGAAUCCCCCCGCCUCGAGAGCAGUUUGCGAGUCUGCUAGCCUUGGCUUCAUUCGCAUGGCUAGAUCCGUUAGUCUGGCAAGGUUUUCGGAAAUCCCUUGAGAUGCCGGAUGUCUGGAAUCUGCUCCCAAGCUACCAAGCUGCUGCUGUUCUCGCGGAUUUCCGCCAGGCUAGACGAACUUCUUCUCUAGCUUGGAGCCUACUGCGUUAUUUUGAUCGUACGCUUCUCAUCCAGGGAGCAUGGACCAUCUUCUCCAGUUUCUUUUCCUUUAUGCCGACUUGGCUGCUCAAACUCAUUUUGGAAUACCUUCAAGAUCCUGAGAACACUCCUAAGAAUGCUGCUUGGCUCUACGUCAGUCUCUUAUUUGUCUGUGCGACCGUUCAAGGCGUUGCAGAUGGCCAAGCACUUUGGAUAGGACGCAAGUUGAGUGUUAAGUUGCGCGCCAUCAUCAUCGGCGAGCUAUAUGCCAAGGCGUUACGGCGUAAAGCUGGUGCAAAUACGAAAACCUCGAAAGACGAGGGAAAAUCUCAGAAACUGACGAAAAAGAAGAAAAUAUUCUCGUUGGGUUGGAAUAAUAAGCCGGCAGACCCUAACACCGAAAGCAGUGAGCAACCAAAACCGGACGAACCAGACGCACAAGCCAAUAUUGGUAAAAUUAUCAAUUUGAUGGCAAUUGAUUCCUUCAAAGUUAGUGAAAUCUGCGCAUACCUGCACUACCUCUGGGCAAGUUUCCCGGUGCAGACGGCUAUUGCCAUUUACAUCUUAUACAAAAUUCUAGGCUUUAGUUCCUUGGCUGGAAUCGUCGUAAUGACUCUUAUGUUACCGCUGAAUCUUUAUAUCGCAUCGCGGUUCAGGGUGCUUCAACGCGAGAUUCUCGCGGGAACUGAUGCCCGUAUUCACUCGACCAAUGAGGUCCUACAAAACAUACGUAUUAUCAAAUAUUUUGCAUGGGAACAGAGGUUUGAAGAUAUAGUUAACGAGAAGCGGAAGGCUGAGUUGAAGAAUCUCCGUCGGCGAUAUACGCUGUGGGCCUGUGCCGCCACAGUUUGGUAUGGAACGCCGAUACUGAUCACGCUGAUUUCAUUUUUCCUGUACACCAUAGUUGAAGGCAAGAAGCUGGUUCCUUCAGUAGCAUUCCCUGCUUUAUCCACUUUCUCGCUCCUCCGAAUACCUUUGGACCAGUUGGCAGACAUGAUCGCUCAUGUCCAGGAAUCCAAGGCCUCCAUCGACCGCGUGGAAAAUUUCUUGAACGAGGAGGAAACCGAAAAAUAUACUCAGUUGCGCUCAGACAAGCAUUCGGAAUCAGCCCCUAGAAUCGCUUUGGAAAAUGCCACCCUUUCGUGGGGACCUUCCCUCCCAAGCUCCACGACGCGGCCAUUAUGCUCGCAGGAUAACGACUCUGGCGAAUCAUUCUGUCUCAUCAACAUGGAUGUUUCGUUUCGCAUUGGCCAACUCAACGUUAUUGCCGGACCGACAGGUUCAGGGAAAACGUCGUUGCUAAUGGCACUUUUGGGAGAGAUGACGCUCCUCAAAGGAUCAGUGUUUCUCCCUGGUGGAACGAGUGAUCGAGCGGAUUUGCGCGUUGACCCGGCAACAGGUCUUACUGACAGCGUUGCUUACUGUGCGCAGGAAGCAUGGUUAGUCAAUGCCACGAUCAAGGAUAACAUCCUGUUCGCGUCGCCAUUUGAUCAAGGUCGGUAUGAGGCUGUAAUAAAGGCCUGUGGCUUGGGUAGAGAUCUGGAAAUCUUAGAUGCUGGCGAUCAAACCCUGGUGGGGGAGAAAGGCAUAAGUCUUUCUGGCGGACAGAAACAACGGAUAUCCUUGGCUCGUGGCAUGUACAGCAAAGCCCGACAUCUGUUGCUCGAUGACUGUCUUAGUGCGGUCGACUCACACACAGCAAAGCACAUUUUUAGGGAGGCCAUUAUGGGUCCCUUGAUGCAAAACCGUACCUGCAUCCUUGUCUCACACAAUAUCUCGCUUGUCGUUCCCAACGCCGCAUUCCUCGUCGUUCUUGAUAACGGUAGAAUUACAGCACAGGGAACGACACAGGAGGUCGUUGCUUCUGGAAUUCUUGGCGAUGAAAUUCUUCAAUCCCGACCUGCUUCUGUCUCAUCGAAAUCUCGAACGCACUCUCUAUCAAGCAUUGAGACAGUGAAAACUGGAUGGGAAAACGGGACAACCUCUGCUAGUGGAACCACCAACGGAGCUGCUAACGGAGCCGAUGUAAUGUAUAACAAGAAAAAGGGGCCAGCUGUCGCCGUGCCUCUCAGGGAAGAAAAGAUUGUUGGCAGCGUCAAGUUCUCCACAAUUAUCAUGUAUCUUCGGGCCAUGGGUCCGUGGUAUUUCUGGUUUUUCGCCCUUCUAGCCUUUGGCGCACAGCAAGUAGGAUCAUUAGCCACUAAUAUCUGGAUUCGAGAAUGGGCAAACGCGUACCCAAUGAAGAAGGUCUCCAUUAGCGACGUAGGAAACAAAGCUGCUUUGUCUAACUUCAGACUUCCAACGUUGGUUCCUGCGGACAUUCCCCGCUCGUUCUCGUGGAGAGCACCUGAGAUGCAGCUUACAGAUAACGACAGCCCCUUCCGCGACGAUGUAAAUCCAUAUUACUAUUUGGGGGUAUAUGCAGUACUGGCAUUCUCUUACAUCUUUACAGUACUUGUGAGGGAAUUGAUUCUCUUCGGGGGUUCGCUGCAUGCAUCGUGGAGGAUCCACGAGCGAUUGCUAAACGCCGUGACCCAUGCGAAGUUUAAGUUCUUUGACUCCACGCCGCUAGGCCGACUGAUGAAUCGAUUCUCCAAGGACCUUGAGGCAGUCGAUCAGGAAGUAGCGGCAACCGCAAUAGGAAUGCUCCACUGCUUAGCCUCCGUUAUUCUGAUUGUUAUCCUUAUUUCGGUUAUCACGCCCAAGUUCCUGAUCGCUGCCGUGUUCAUUACCGCCAUUUACUUUACGCUAGGUGCCAUUUAUUUGAAUUCAUCUCGUGAUCUUAAGCGGUUGGAGUCUAUUCAAAGGAGCCCUCUCUAUCAGCAAUUUGGAGAAACAUUAUCUGGCAUCGUCACCAUUCGUGCCUAUGGAGAUGGUGCGCGCUUCAUCCACGAUAACCAUGUCUUGAUCAAUACCUACAAUCGACCAUACCUAUAUCUGUGGGGUAGCAAUCGAUGGUUGGCGUUCCGCGUCGAUAUAACCGGUGCGCUGGUGUCGUUCUUUACUGCAGCGGUAAUUGUAAUGAGCGUUGGCCAAAUUGAUGCUGGUGCGGCGGGCCUGGCGUUGACAUAUGCCGUAACCUUCACUGAGAACGUCCUCUGGUUAGUGCGGCUGUACGCGCAGAACCAGCAAAAUAUGAAUUCUGUCGAGCGGAUUGAGGAGUAUAUGCAGGUUGAGCAAGAGGCUGAAGCAGUUAUUCCUGACCGUCGUCCUCCAGCGGACUGGCCAACACACGGUGCAUUGCAAUUUGAUAAUUAUUCUACCCGCUACCGCCCCGAUCUCGAUCUAGUUUUAAAGAACGUGACCUUCUCAGUGCAGCCUGGCGAACGUGUUGGGAUCGUUGGCAGAACAGGCGCUGGGAAGAGUUCGCUUGCCCUGGCUUUAUUUCGCGGUCUCGAAGCGGAAAGUGGCAGGAUCCUCCUUGAUGGUGUCGACAUUGGUCAAAUUGGUCUAAGGGACCUCCGUGAAGUAAUCACAAUUGUCCCUCAAGAUCCCACCCUCUUCACUGGAACAAUCCGUAGCAACCUCGAUCCCUUCAAUCUACUAACCAACGAGCAAAUCUUCACUGCGCUCCGCCGCGUCCAUCUAAUAGGCAGCUCAACAUCCGCCUCUGCCUCGGGCUCCAAUACUCCAGCACACCCCAAUGUGGAUAACAACAGUAACUCCAGCGACCCAGACCUCACCUCUCGCUUCCCCGACAACAAAAACAUUUUCCUAAACAUCUACUCACCAAUCUCCGAAUCUGGCUCGAACCUAUCCCAGGGUCAACGCCAGCUCCUCUGCCUAGCACGCGCCCUCCUCAAGUCGCCCAAAGUGCUCAUGAUGGACGAAGCGACCGCAUCCAUAGACUAUGCCACCGACGCCAAGAUCCAAGAUACCCUCCGCGAACUGAAAGAUAACACCAUUAUCACUAUCGCGCACAGACUGCAGACAAUCAUCGACUAUGAUAAGGUGCUUGUGCUGGAUCGUGGGGAGGUUGUAGAGUAUGACGGGCCGUGGCAACUUAUUAAGAGGAAGGGUGGAAUAUUUAGGGCCAUGUGUGAAAAUAGUGGAAAUUUUGAGGCGUUGAUGGAAGGGGCUCGGAAGUCGUGGGAGAGUAAGAGGCUAAUUGAUGAUGAGUGA